GUCGUCUUGCAUUCAGAGAGGAUGAGGUGAGGGAUGUUGCUGCUCCUGCUGCCUGCCGCGUGGACACAACUCUGCAGGCUCGGAAGCAUACGACUGGUCCCACACACGCUUGUGGUGGUGCCGAUCUGGGAUGUAAGCGUGACUUCUUCCCAUGUGAGUGGCAAAGGAAGACAUCAGGUGUGAAUAUGGAGGGUUUUUUCUGCUGAGUCAUGAGGACAACAUCGCAAAAAUGACAACCAGAAAGGUCGCAAACACCUUGACCUCAUCCUGACACAUCCUCCUCUGCUUCCUCCUCAUCACAUCUCCUAGUGGACAUUUUAUACUUCCUCAUUUGGAUUAUUGCUUUUCAGAAGAUUCAGGGACUAUAAUUUUCCUCCUGGACGAAAUGACAAACGUCUUAGCCUCAGUUUUAUCCUUAAUCUGACCUGAUAUUAAUUAUCCUACCUUUUUCUGGUGGAACUGCGCUUUGCCAGACGUCCCCCCCUUGACCUCGACAAAUUAAGGCAUUAUGGGAGACGGGAGCUGGGUGUGUCUGAGCCCGGCUGAGUUCAAUCAGCUCCAACAGUACAGUGAGUACUCCACCAAAAAGUUAAAGGAUGUUCUGGAGGAGUUCCACGGCGAAGGAGUGCUCUCCAAAUAUAACCCUGAGCAGCAGCGUGAUGUUCUCGACAAACCUAUCGACUAUGAGGGCUUUCAGCUCUUUAUGGCCACGUACCUGGAGAACGACAUCCCGCAAGAACUGUGUCAGCACCUCUUUACCUCCUUCAAGAGCAAGACGGGAGGUGCCUUGCCCGACCAUUGUCGAGCUGCAGGAAGCUUAUUGGAGUCCUGCUCCAUUGAUGCUGGUAUCUCUAUUCACACCGAGGUGGCGUGUGCCCCCAUCACAGGCAUGAACGGUAAGAGCAUCCUGUCGGCGAUGGGUCGACACACGCCGGAGCUUGCCAGCGGCACUGAGGCCGCCACCUCCCCUUGUUCGUCCCGCUCCUCUUCACAGCGGUCCAGAACUGGGGCCCACACACCCGGGGGGGCCCACCGCUCUCCUUGUAUCCAGGUCAAGCCUUGCCAGCGCAGCAAUAACGCCCUGACCCCUAAUGCCGGCCCAGCCCGGUCGCCAGUGUCACCCCCGAAACUUUCACCAGAGAUAAGCCGCUCGGAGAAGCAGUCGUUGCUACGGAGGACGCCGUCACCCCACAAAGGAUCCCCCCAGUCAGUUCCACAGGUGGUCUUCUUGAAGGACAUUGUUUGCUACCUUUCCCUGCUGGAGCGUGGCACACCAGAGGACAAGCUGGAGUUCAUGUUCCGGCUGUACGACACAGACGGCAACGGCGUCUUGGAUAGUUCGGAGCUGGACCGCAUCAUCAAUCAGAUGGUACACGUUGCCGAGUAUCUGGAAUGGGACUCGACAGAACUACGGCCGAUUCUGAAGGAAAUGAUGGAGGAAAUCGACUACGAUGGGGAUGGCACAGUCACCCUGGAAGAGUGGAUCAGAGGAGGCCUGACUACCAUCCCCUUGCUGGUUUUGCUCGGCAUGGACACGAAUGUUCAGGAGGAUGGCCAACACGUGUGGCGCCUGAAGCACUUCAACAAACCGGCCUACUGUAACUUUUGUCACACCAUGCUGCUGGGCGUGCGCAAGCAGGGCCUCUGCUGUUCCUUAUGCAAGUACACGGUGCACGAGCGCUGUGUGUCCAAAGACAUCGCCGCCUGCAUUAGCACCUACGCCAAGUCCCGCAGGCACACCAACGCUAUGCAGCACGUGUGGAUGGAGGGCAACUCACCGACCAAAUGUGACCGAUGUCACCGGAGUAUCAAAUGUUAUCAAGGCUUGACCGGUCUCCACUGUGUGUGGUGCCAGAUCACUCUGCAUAACAAAUGCGCGUCCCAUGUGAAGCCAGAGUGUGACGGAGGAGCCUUGAGGGACCACACCUUGCUGCCCUCCUACAUUUGUCCUGUCGUCUUGGACCGCCAGUCUGUGGUGAAACGCGGAGAAGGCGACUCUCCUCCCUGCACCAGCCCGGACGACAUCAACCAAGUGUUCAAAUUCUCCCCUGGAGACGGACAAGCAUUGCAGAUCUCACCCUUCCCGGGCACUCACCCUCUGCUGGUGCUGGUUAAUCCCAAAAGUGGUGGAAGACAGGGGGAAAGGGUUCUCAGGAAGUUCCGAUACCUUCUCAACCCACGGCAGGUGCACAGUUUGGACCAAGGUGGCCCAGCACUCAGGCUCAACUUUUUUCAUGACGUCCCUGAUUUCCGAGUGCUCGCUUGUGGCGGGGACGGCACCGUUGGCUGGAUCCUGGACUGUAUAGACAAGGCCAGCUUCGUUCGGCACCCCCCGGUGGCCAUCCUGCCGCUGGGGACAGGCAACGACCUGGCACGCUGCCUCCGCUGGGGGGGAGGAUAUGAGGGGGGCAGCUUGCUAAAGUUCCUGCGCGACAUCGAGCACAGUAUCGAGGUUGGGCUGGACCGCUGGAACAUCGACAUAGUGCCCGAUGACAAGGAGGAGAAGGGUGACCCGGUACCCUACAACAUCGUCAACAACUACUUUUCUAUCGGAGUGGAUGCCUCCAUCGCCCAUCGCUUCCAUCUGAUGAGGGAGAAGCACCCGGAGAAGUUCAACAGCAGAAUGAAGAACAAGUUGUGGUACUUUGAGUUCGGCACCACCGAGACCAUUUCAGCCACUUGCAAAAAGCUCAACGAGUGCAUUGAGGUUGAGUGCGACGGCAUCAUAUUGGACCUGAGCAACACCUCCUUGGAGGGCAUCGCAGUGCUCAACAUUCCCAGCAUGCACGGUGGCUCCAAUCUGUGGGGCGAGACCAAGAGGCGGCGUAACUACAACCGCAUGAGCAAGAAGGUUUCUGAGCGGAUUCCAAGUAGCACCGUCACCGACCCUAAAGAGCUCAAGUUUUGCAUGCAAGACUUUAGCGACCAACUUCUGGAGGUGGUGGGCCUUGAGGGGGCCAUCGAGAUGGGCCAAAUCUACACGGGGCUGAAGAGUGCCGGGCGGCGCCUAGCUCAAUGCACCAACGUCACCAUCAGAACAUCUCGUAGGCUGCCGAUGCAGAUUGACGGCGAGCCCUGGAUGCAACCGCCGUGCACGAUCAGGAUCACCCACAAGAACCAGGUUCCCAUGUUGCUGGGUCCACCCCAGAAGACACCCUUCUUUUUUUUCAAGAAGCGCACCCGCAGUCGGGACUAAAAUGCUAAAAAGGUUUACGCAUCCAGAGUUGACUCACUAUACCAUAAUAAUUAAAAAAAAAAAAAAAAAAGAGAUAAACACACACAGGCAGCUCUACCAGGUCUGAAACUCUCCGAGUGAUCCCUCCAGUCAACUGCCAACACACGCCAAACGCCUGCCAAACAUGAAAACAGGAAGUGAUGCAAGGAUGACAACAGGAAGUUGCCUUACGUGUCCAGAACAAGUCUCAUACAUAAUUGGUGUUGCUUGUACCAACGCCCGAUUCAGAGAGGGAAGAGGCUUCAUCCAUUAUUGACCCCUUUUGUUCUGGGCUGUCUGGCAGCGGGUCGUCCAGAAUGGGGCCAAACACGUCAGGAUCUUUGCAUCCCUCUAAACGUACCUUCAGAGCGACUUUGGCAACACGGGCUUCAAAUUUGAAAGCUGAUAUUCGAGUGGUCCAAUUACUGUACAUCCCCUCAGGGACCAACAGCCAGAUCACUGCAGGUUUUUAUGUACCAAAGCUAAAACUGCAAGCCCCCCCUUUCUAAAUGCAUCCCGCUAUUUCGGGAAGGGUCUAAUUUGCCGCCCGCGAAACAUGAAGCCUGAUUAUGAACGGCGGCUUCCUGUCGCGUGUGUCCCAACUGUCAAAAGGUGAGGGAGAAUGUUAAAAUUAUGUCAAAUUGUACACGACGCAUAGUAUUUGUAUAUAUCAGGAAUGUAGUAUUAGAUCACAUGUACUGUGCAGACAAGUGUGUUUUAAUAUAUCGCCGUCAUUGCAAGCUCAGCACCUCAUGUCAGUGGGUUGAGAGGUUUUCCCCUUAAAUUGAAUUCAAAUCCUUAUUUUUUUUUAAUUCACCAUUUCUGAAUCAUUUUAGGGUUUCAAAACGGGAGCAAAUUAUUUCUACUUAGAAAGUCAUGAGUUUGACUUAUGGGAAGUCGCCAAUUUAACUACUGUACGUGUAGACGCGCCGGUCAGCUGUUUGGAAUUCAACACCUUAUUUCCCAUCGUAGGAAUUAUCAUAAAUCAAACUGUCGCCAAGCAACCUUUGAGUGUAAUUUUAACGUUAACAAGUGUACAAAUGAGACCAAACAAAUAAAUCAAGUGUAACGGAAAUGAAUCGUGUUACAAAUGCGCCUCAUGCUAAAAAAAUUUUAACAUUCUUAAUUUGCCCACAAGUAGGGCUGCUACCAACGAUUAUUUUAAGAAUUGAUUCAUCUUUUGAUUUUCGGAAACUGAUGAAUCAAAGAAUCAGAUUUUCAAAAAGAUGUUUGUGGGAAAAAAAAAGGAUAUUAUUUCAGAGACUGUUUUGAAACGCACAAAUUAAUUUUUAUUCAGUUACUGGUUUGCUCCAUAAACAUCAGAACAUUCUUAUUUUAUUUUCAUUAAUCAUUCGAUCAAACUGAUAACCGAUGACUUGACAAUUUAUCGAUUAGCUUUUGCUCUUCUCCACGCACAUUUAAAAAGAAGUGAGUUCAACUUUUGGGGGAUCAGCAUCUCAGUCCACUGAUGUUUUUGCAAGACACUCAGCGUGAGACAAAUUAAGAUGUGCUACGGGGUGAGGCUUUGUCGGCUUUACCUCACUUGUUCCCUUUAAAAACACGCAGAGUUCACUUCAACUCAUCAAUGCUGUUUAAAAAAAAAAAAACACUGAGACAGAAUAUAACAUAGUGAGUGUGUAUGUGAAGCGGAAACGAUUGCGUGUUUGCAGUAACGUCAUAUUUACUGUUCAAGCAAUGUCGUAGACCACUAUAACCACAUUGAAUGUACAUGUAGCACCUGUUUGUGACAUUUCAUGUGACAUCAUGUUAUCACAUGCCUGCUGUAACAACAAUAGAGUGAGAGAUACUCAAAAA